GCUGACUCACGAUCAGAGACUUUCGGACUGCGGAUUUUAAAAUUAAACAGACCUUAACUCCAUCUAUAAUUUUUAUACAACCAAAAAUUCUGAAAAUUAAAAAAAUGUAGAUGUCCCAGUUAUGGAAGGCUAACUGAAGUUGAUAAAUUUAGGUUCAUAUAGAAAUCCUAAUGGACCGUUGAGUAAGGCCAUAUCGCGCAUUAUCGUCUCUAAUUUCUUCCUCUUAUUUCUACAUCAGUUUAAAAUAUUUUCUUUUUAAAGAUAUUUAAUUAAAAAAUAAAAAUUAUGCUUAUUAAAACGGCCAAAUGCUUAGUUUGUGGAGCUAGAAAUGCCAAACAACAUUAUGGUAGUUGGUGUUGUAAUGGGUGUAAAGGCUUCUUUUGGCGUACAAUUUCGUGCCGUCGAAAUUAUAUUUGUUUAAAUGUUAACAACAAUUCUGUUUUUGUUAAAUGUGAAAUUGAGCAUGGUCGUCGAAAUAGUUGUAGAGCCUGCCGUCUUGAGCGAUGCUUAAAAGUUGGGAUGGAUCCAAAUUUGAUUAGAGACAGCUGGGGAAAAAGUACAGCUUUGCGCUCUCGAGACGAAAAUUGGGAUGGGACUGGUCCAAGUCAACGAGCUUUUACAUUACCGGAGACAGAAAUGAAAAAGGCUAGAAGAAUGGAGAAGAGGCAAAGAAAAUCUGAAAUUAAAGAAUCUGAGGGAUUGGCACCUAAAAACGAGCCUGUUGGAAUUUCAAUGGUUUCGAGAAAUACAGAGGAAACCAAUUCUGGCUUACCUAGCCAAGGACGAGUUAAAUUACUCAGUGAUUAUCUUGAAUGGAUACAAUCUUUGCAUGAAUUGGAAUUGUUUAAUGAACAGGAGAAGAAUUUCAUCGUUAUGGGCCGUUCAAGGCCUUCUGGAUGGUUGUUAUUGGCCAGUCAAUUAUUAUUCCCAACAGAACAAAAACAAGAAUCUCCUCCAAUAUCUUUACUUUUACUAAGUACUUCCAAAAUGGAGGUUCUAAAAACUGAAAUUGUUAAUCCAAUUCGGGAAUUAAACGUUAGCCGAUUGGAAUUUGAAUUGCUUAGAUUGAUCUGCUUUUUUAGUCCAGUUCCACAAUUGAGCGCGGAAAGUAAAAAAAUUGUGCAAGCUAUUCAAAACAGUUAUUCAAGCUCUCUAAGUCAAUAUUCUCUCAGAAAUUCCAUCUCUUCCUUAAUUAUGCCAAUCUCAUCCAAUUCUGACCCUUUUGCUGGGGCAAUGUCCAGAAUAACUCGAAUUGUUCAUCUAUUGUCUGUUGUUGAGAGAAUUUCAUAUCAAUAUGAGUGAAUUGAGAAUAAUAAAAUCAAAAUCAACAAUAUAUUCGAUCAUUUAAAAUAACUUUAAAUUUAAAUUUUUUAUCGACUCUUGAAUGUUCUCAUUUAUAUUUUUUAUUCAUUAUUUUUUUAUUAAAGAUUUAAAAUUUUUUUGAAUGAAUAUUCAUUAAGACGGUUAAAAUGACCAGUUUAAUCUUUAAAUUUAGAAUUUUCUAUAUCGACAUCAUAGUAGAUUCUUCCGUAUUUGGAGUCCUAAAUUUAUAUUAUACGGACUAAUACCGGAGCGGAUUAAUCCCAAGAAAGUCGGCCUGGCCAGUUUAUUUUUUUCAUCUGUUUUUUUCU